AUGGACGGCGCAUUUGCUGCGAUGCCGAGGCAGGCUCGUGUCUUUGAGUCGAGCUUACACACCACUGCUUGCAAAACUGCCUCUUUCGACUAUCUAGUCAGAGACAAACUUAACCAAAUUGUCCGCGACUUUCACAGCAUGGGCACCGACUCCCCUUCAAUGCCGCCUGCCCCCGGCCCGCUACUCUCUGAGGCGUCGGCCACCCUCCUUCGGGAGCUGGGAGACUACUUUACCCGUACAGCCCAGAUGUGGUCGACGAUGACCCAUAAUCUCCUUCAGGGACCGCAUAUUGAUCAGAUUUCGAGGGACGUCAACGUCCGUUCAGCCACUGAAACCCGUCUGGCGGAUUUGUCAACCAUUGCCGCCGUUGAUGUUGAGCUCGGUCGCUUACGCAAAAUUCGCGACUUAACGGCUAAAUUUUCCAAAGAUGUCCAAGCAGUUUGGCGCCCAGAGGAGUCUGUUCCGGACCCUUCUUCGUCCAGUCAAGCUGAGCGUGGGGGACAAUUCCCACUAGCAGCCACAACGCUGUCUUCACCAAGCCAAGACGCUCGUUUCAUCCCAAGCAGCCACACUGACGGCGACAGCUUCAACACAUUGGCCGGUGGCAUGGCUGAGCAGAUGGAUCUUGGUAAGGAAGACGACUCGGACUCAGACUCUGGAGAUGAGGAGCUCUUCUCCAGCAUCAAUAUGGACGCACUCAAGCAGAGAGGCAAAGGGACAUACAUGUGCCCCAAGGGAACGAAAUGCGACAAAGGCGGCGUCGACAGAGACGGCAAGGUUAUAAUCUUUGACCGUAACUCAUCAUUUGCGUACGUGCCCAAAUUCCAUCUCGGCUUCAGGAAGGGUCAGGCACGAUGGCCGAGCCGCAUGACAUGA